GGGAAAAGGAAAAGCGACGUUUGUGUCUUCAACGCACUACGUGGGAGUCAAACCCGUUGUGUUCUGCUCCCUUUUUUUCUUCUGAACUUUCCUCCUCUGCCGUGAAAAUCUCCUGCUUUCCCGCCAAGUCGAAACUGCCUGACGCUCUUCUUGGUUAUUACUUUUUUUCAUUACUUUGUUGGAUGGAACUACACGCAUUCGGGCUGCCAAGAAGAAUCUCUCACCCAGACACAUAUAUAUAUAUAUACGCUAGGCGUUUGUAUUCUUCUUAUAUCCUACGUAAGACGCGCACAGGCGAGACUCGAAAUCGGUUUUGUAAAAUACCCAAUACCGGGUUUUCUUCCUUCAAUUCUUUUUUUCCUUUUCUUGUCCGUCUUGCUGCAGGGAGCGCUGUGACGUACAUCGGCAGCGAGAAAACGUUAUCGUCUCCGUUUCUCUCUUCAUUCCUUCAUUUGUCGUAGAGCUCUUUAGCGCAGAAGAAAGAAGAGAGAACCCGAGAAGAAACGGGGCGGGGUGGUGCUAUCGACCUGAAAACUUUAAAGUAAGAAUAAGGGACCGUUCUAGUAGAGCCGACACGUGCUUGCAUAGGUUUAAUUCGUGGUCCCUUCGUUUUGGCCGCUGCAACUUCGCCAAACGCAAGCCGCCGUCUGUUCUCCAAUAGUUUUCUUCCUGCCGUUAGUUGUUGUUGCGGAACCGACCUGAGCGGCUGCUUUCAUAGCUUUUCGCUUAUGCCUUCUUCAAAGGCUCUUUUUUUUUCUUGGUUCUUACCAAUUCGUGUGGUAACAUAAUAAUACGCUGUAGAGGAAGCUACGGCAACUCGUCAACAUGUUUCGCUUUCCUGUAUCUCACACUCUCGUGAUGCCGCGGUCAUCGGCUGCGGUCGCAACGGCCGCCGCAAUGGACACGCAUUGCCGCUUCUCCAGCCACUGGACACAGCCGUCGCUUCAGCAAAGUCAUGCGGCCGCACGUCGCACGGUAACGCGCGGCCUGGGCGACGUCAAUGAGGAUCGCGUCGCGCGCUGGUGUCGACGGCUGUGGGACAUCACCCGCCGAUCUGCGGACGCGGUGCAGCCGACGCAUCUCCUGCCGCGGCCAAAUCCCCUGCACGAGGCGCAGCUCAAAGUGAUGGAUGAGACGGCAGCAACGGCGGCGAGGCAGGCGGAAACACGAACAGCAGCAACCACAGCGGCGACGAUCUCCGCUCCCACUCCAGUAGCUGCUGCUGUUGAUGAGGCAGUUUCACCUGCCGCAACGAGUACGGUGACGUGCGACUCGAUGGACGUCGAUGCGCUCCUGGCCCGCUUACAGCACGCCAUCCGCGGCGACGGCGGUCGCAUUCCCGGCGCCAUCGUGGAAGACGUGUGGGCCGUCUUUGACCUUCUCGUGCCGCCGUCGACGCAGGACGACGUCUCCGCGGCGAACAUCACGCCCGAGAUGGAGGAAAACUUCUUUGCCUUCGUCUCGACGCUGAAUGAGCUCGAUUUUGAUCUGCAGGCGGUGGUGCAGGCAAGUAAGGAUCUGGAGGUGAAGUUGGGUGUCUACCUGGGGCAGCUGCGUCAGCUGGAGGACAAGGAGAAGCAGCUCGCGGCGGUGCGGUUGACGCGGUGCGCCACGGACCGCGCCAACGAAGCGAGCGAGUUCACGGAACGGCUGAUGAAGGCGAAGACGGAGGUGAUGCGGUGCUGCUUCCAGGCCCGCAACGUCGGUGCGCCGCUCUACUACACGUGGCUGCGCCACACCGCCUCCUUGUCGGACGGUCUGCGCCGCCUCAUGCACUUUCGCAAGCUGGCGCAUCACUUCGAGACGCUGUGCAAGAGGCGCAUUAAGGAGUUCAGCACGCAGCUGACGCCAGCGAAGUCGGACCUCACCGCCGAGGCGAAGGAUAACCUGGUGCGGCAGCAGUUCAAGUGGCGGAGCCGUCAGAUGGAGCUCGGCCUCAUCGACAACGCCCUUUCCUUGCUAUUCCACGACUUCUUUGCGAAGGAGUACCUGGUGAUGGAGGAGCUGACAUGGUUCUCGACUCCGCCGUCGCUGUUGGAUCAGAUUAUGCGGGCCGAGGGCGUCCACCCCUUCGUGAACGGCAUCGACGACAUGCGGUACCGACUGCAGCCCACCCACCACCGCCACCUCUUUGCGUUCCUGCACCCGGCCGUGGUUGAGGAGCCGCUGAUUGCGGUGCAGGUGGCGCUGACGCACGGCAUUGCGUGCUCGGUCGACCGCAUCCUUGGCCGAGCGACACCGCUGGCCGACCCGGCGAACACCACAAAAGCUGCCGAGCUGUUUCGGCAGCUACGGGCAGCAGAGACGUCCCACACCGCCGGCGAGACCGCGGCGGAGAUUGCGGACGGCAACGUGAACACUGCGAUCUUCUACAGCAUCAACUCCGCGCAGAGUGCGCUGCGUGGGAUGGACAUGGGCAAUCGCCUCAUCAAGCGGGUGGUGAAGGAGAUCGAAGGGAACAUCAACGCGAGUCGUCAGGGGUGCAACUUGAUGCCUAUUCUCACCUUCAGCACCUUGUCUCCUAUCCCCUUGUAUGUGAAGUGGCUCGCGGCGGAGGUGGCCGCGUUGGCGACGAAGGCGAUGCGUGGCACUGACGCAACGACGGCGGCGGCCGCGUCGACCGGCAUCUUUGGCGCCAAGUUAACGCAGGCAGAGGAGGAGCAGCAGUACCUUGCACCGCUGCGCGAGGCCGUGGCGGGCUACAUCCUGCGGCAUCCGACGGUGCUGACAGAGGAGGCGAGGGCGGUCGCUGCCAGUGCAGCGGCGGUGGGGCCCAAAGGCGAUGGUCAUCCCAGCAAGGUCGCAGAGGAUCCUGCGGCUGCGAAUGUCGCGGCUCUUCGGUACCUGCUUCGCCUCUUCCAGACCUCCCCGACGGACACGCCGGCCGCCACCGCAGGAAACGGUGUCGCUGCUGCCGCUGCUGCGGCGGGGCAGUGGUGGAAUGACCACGCUUUUACAGGCGCGUUAGAGGGGCCGCUGCUGCGGUCCAUCGCGGUGUACCUGUGCAACGUGAAGCGCCACGGCAGCGCUCGCAUUCACGACCCCGUCGGCAACUUCCACGUGUCGAACGGUGCGACGGUUUACCGGCUUAACUACCUGGGCAACACCACCGCACAGGGCAGCCGCGAAAGCGCCUGUGUAAUGGUGAACUACUGGUACGACCUGCCCACGGUGUCGUCGAACUUGACGGAGUACGAGGCGAGUCAGCAUGUGGCGCUUGGGGAGCCGAUUGAGGCGCUGCUGGGGGCCGAGGCGCAAUGA